GUGUCAAGCAAGCCAACAGCGUUGCAAAAUGUUGCAAUACAGCGUUCAAAGAGUAAAUUAAUAUAGCAUCGUUACUUUGCUUUUCCUGUGUGUAUAUUUUCCUAAAAAUAAAAAUUUAAUUUCAUAAAAUUCAACUCGGUGAAAGUUACUAGUGACGCAAAUGCUAUGAAAUAGUAUCCUAAGUAACUUUUUUAACCAGCGACCAUGUCGGAAAAAGAGAAGUCUAAGAAUUCGCAAGCAAAAUACAUUCCGAAAGAUGCCCAAGUUAUUAUGUCUAUCAUGAAGGAAGUUGGAGUAGCAGAUUAUGAACCCCGGGUCGUAAAUCAGCUUUUGGAGUUCACAUAUCGAUAUGUAACUUCUAUUUUAGACGACGCGCGUGUUUUCGCCAACCACGCUAAGAAAAAGACCAUAGAUCUUGAGGAUGUGCGAUUGGCUGUUCAAAUGCAGCUAGACAAAUCGUUUACGAGUCCCCCUCAGAGAGAAGUGUUGUUAGAGCUGGCAAGGGUGAAGAAUGUGAAUCCGUUGCCGCUGAUAAAGCCUCAUUGUGGAUUGAGACUACCUCCGGAUCGUUAUUGCUUGUCAGCCUGCAACUAUAGGCUCAAACCUGCCAUGAAGAAGACUAUAACCAAGGCCAACAUCCCAGCAACGCCGACAAUCAAAACUGUGACAACUCUGAAACCCCCACAGCAGAAAGUUGUGGUGAACCGGCCUCCAGGAGCCAUCGUAAAUGCUGCGGCAAAGACUAAUGUUGUGCCUAAGCCUGUGCUCAAGUUUACUUCGUCAAGCAAAGUAGUAGCAAAACCUGCAGUGAGAGUAACCGCUGGCCCAUCAGCAUCAGGCCCUGUCAAGAUGGAGGUUGACGACCACACCACUGCCCAGAAACGGAAGAGAGAGGAGGACGAUUAUGAUCUGUAGAUAUAUUUUUGUAACUUAGAAUGUAAGAGUAUGAGUUGGUUGAUUUUAAUGUUUUUGUAAUUGCAAGUUUAUUAUUUUA